UCGUGGAGCAGUGUGCACGAGCAGCAAUAGCAGUCUCACCGUGAGCCGCCGACAAUGACGCGCCGGAGCGCAUUUACGCAAACAGGAUGUCCACAGUUUGCUCCUAAUUACAUCAACCAAUAUUUCUAAAAGAAGGCAACUAUGUUUUAGUGAUUCCUGUUGUCAUAUUGUGGAUAAAAACAAAGGCCCGUGCAGUGGGAGUGGAUUGAGGGAACAGCCACGUUCUUCAGAGAAGCAGCGAUGGAGGAGCAGCGGGACCCGAGCAGCUCGGACAGCAGUGAGGGAGAGAGCGUCUCCCCGGAUCCCAGCCUGCCUUCGCCGCCCAUGCUACCUCUGCAGGGGGCCCAGCAGGCCCACAGAACCACCAACUUUUUCAUCGACAACAUUUUGCGGCCGGACUUCGGCUGCAGGAAGGAGCACGGCCUGGGCCCGCGGGAGAGGGCGCAGAGCUCCGGCCGGGAGCGCGUCCACCCAGCGGUCAGCAGGCCGAGCCUACCCGGGACGCCGUGCCAGGACUCCAACUGCAGCAGUGACAGCACCUCGUCAUCCGCCUCCUCCACCUCUUUGGCGAGUCCCAAAAAGAGUAACGGUGGCAUCAGCGGAGGAACCGCAACCUCCUCCACCGGGAGCAGCGGCCUGAAAGCCGAGGAGAGAACUGGCGGUGAGACCGGGGGGGACACGUCCUCUUCGGUAGUGGUGCUGAGCGGUUCUGGGGGGUCCACACCAGAGACCCAGCCACUGCUGUGGCCGGCCUGGGUCUACUGCACCCGGUACUCGGACAGGCCCUCAUCUGGCCCAAGGACACGGAAACUGAAAAAGUCGAAAAGCGACAAAGAGGACAAACGGCCGCGCACGGCCUUCACGGCGGAGCAGCUGCAGCGGCUGAAGACGGAGUUCCAGGUGAACCGGUACAUCACGGAGCAGCGGCGGCAGGCCCUCGCGCAGGAGCUCGGCCUCAACGAGUCCCAGAUCAAGAUCUGGUUCCAGAACAAACGGGCCAAAAUCAAGAAGGCCAGCGGCUUCAAGAACGGGCUCGCGCUGCAGCUGAUGGCUCAGGGACUGUACAACCAUUCCACCACCACCAUCCAGGAGGACAAGGAGGACAGCGACUGACCCCCCCCCGUACUCUGUAAAUAGAUAUUCCUAAUUUAAUGAUUGGGGGCUCCUCUCAUGCACCUGAACACACCGCGGACUCUGGAGCUGCCCCCGCAAAACCAAAGAUUUUAUUGGCAACGAAGCCUGGUGGACACACGCAAACAAUACAAAAGAAGCAACAUGCCCCCCCCUCACUGAUGGGCUGAUGUCUCCGGGUUUCCCCCCCUGGCUUUAUGUCCGUUGUGUAUUGAGCGCACUGCAUUGUGUCGGUGCACAUCCGGGUCAUUCUGUUUUGUUUUUAAAGAGAAUUGAGAUCUGGACAAUCUUAAUGAGACCCUUUAUUAAAAUUAACUUUUAUAUUAUUUGUUGAUGAAAAGUAUUCAAAUGACAACAUUUAUAGAGCAGGAUAAAUAUUGAAUAGACCAACGAUAUUUCGACAAACCAUAGGCUACCUGAAGCGUAAACAGUGCAAAUAAAAUGUAUGCAAUCGAAGUAGGCCUAUUUAGGAGAAAUGUAAUUGAUUGUGGGAGAGUGGGAAUCCUGACCUAUAGAAUCUCCUCAGUCCUGCAGCCUCAGUUUAUACGGCCCAUAAUAAUGCUGUGAGACGAAUACAUACACAAAGGAAGUCGGCAGAGUUUACAUUCAUCACUAAUAUUUAUUUUAAAUUCCUGCGAGUGAAAGCUCGUGAGUUUGUAGUGAUUCUUUAUCUGUGGCGUUUUUAUUAUUUUCUCCUAAUGCUUCUGUCUUUGUGGCCCAUGUCACUAUAGGGAAUCCAUAUUUCCCCCACAUUUUCA